AUGUCGACGUUAACGAAAAACAUUCCAACCAGAUUGGGACGCAAAAUGAACAUAAUCAAGGAGGUGGCGAGUAAACAUGAAAAUAAACAAGAGGAGGAACUUCCGUCCCAGGACAAUUUGGACGAAUCACCAAUACCGUUCAUGUCGUCCGAAGAAGAGGUUAUGGAGCAGCCUCAGAUCGACGUCGAUGCGUUGGCGAAAACUCAUCUUCGGUUAAAUGGCGGCGGUCAACAUAAAUCUUCGUUCCAGCCACUGCCUUCGCCGCCUAUCGCACUGCCUCGCAAAUUGAAGCCGGACCCGAAUGAGAACGCUGACUGUACCAUCGACGUUGACGCCGCCAACGAGGCCGGUCAACAGUCAUUGGACGACGUCGAGCAGGAAGUCAUAGGCAUAGAACCACAGAUGAUGCAACCGGAAGAGCCACAUAUUAUACGAGAGCAGCCGCGGUCCACCGACGUCCCGUCAAAAGAAAAUAAGCGUCCAUCAGAAUUCGGCAGCGAAGACGACCAGGAAUUCAAUGGAUGCUGCGAAGGCUGCUUGUAUUAUACCAUCAGGUGCUGUGAUUUUUUUACGUUUGUCUGA